AUUAGAAUUUAGGUAUUCUAUUUGUGUUCCAUUAUUACCAAUUUGUUCUCUUCUCAAAUUGAACGAUGUCAACAGCCACUUCUCAGAUCCACUCGCUUUCUCCAAAUUUUUUCUAGUUUUUAUCAAAGCGGUACAUCUGUCUUGCUACUUCCUUCUCUUCUCUUCUCCUUCCUUCCUGAUUACUCCCCAUCAUGUGAAUGAAGCUUAAGAAUUUUGAAGGAAGGGGCAUAAGACGCUCCCAAGAACUAUGCAUCUCAAUUUUUUCUGUUCUGAUAAAUGGGUUCUAUCCUAGAAAUGUAAUCAGAUAUUUCUAGGACCUAAGUGCAUUCAGUUUUUAAGUUCUGUGCCAUUGGUGCUGAAGUUUUACUAAGAUGGACAGAUCAGACACAUCAGGAUUUGUCAGUGGUGGAGUUAGCUUAAUUGGAAUUUACAUUCUGUGUUGAUAAUUAUAUGUACCUCUAGCAUGUGUUAAAAUAUUAUUUUCUUAGUUGGGCCUCCUGUUCCUUAGUUUAGUUCAUAGCUUCGUAAGAAUGGAUUUGAAUGAUAAGUGUAAGCAGUUUCUUCAUAAGAGUGAACUUCCAAAAAGUGACAACUUUGGUGACACGACCUUACGCUUGAACUGCCUCAGUUAUGGAGGAACUAAUAUGAAUGGAUUUGAGUGUACUCAAAGUAAUCUUAAGGUUGAUUUUACGAAUGGUCCUGAUGAUGGCUGUAAAUUGGUGCUUGGAUUAGGUCCAACACCAACUGCAUAUUGUGAUGAUUAUUACAGCAUGAGGUUUAACAAGACCAAAGGAUCGACUGCAGCUGCUGUACUGCAUCGGGGCUUAUCAUCUGAUGGUGAUUCAAUUCUACAACUUGGCCUUUCUGGAGGGACCAAGGAAGCUUUAAGUGAGCUUGAAUGUUCUUUUUUGGAGACUGAUAUUAGCACACCUAUUCUGAACCAAUUUUCUGGUCAUGAAGAUAGAUUCUUGAUUCCUGUUGUUGAUGAGGGCUCCACUUCAGCAAAGAAAUCAGGUGGCUACAUGCCAUCGCUCCUUUUGGCUCCAAGAAUGGAUGGUGCAAAAGUUUCAUUGGAGGGAGAAGAAUUUCUCCAGUUUGGAGCAGCCAAAUCUCAGUCUCAUCAGCUGAUUCAUGGAACAUCUGCUAGCACAGAUAUCUCGAUGGGCACUAUUUCUGAGCAGGCAACUACAGCCACAUCUGUAGAUCGCAAAAUCAGCAAUCCAAAGAAGUGCAAGUUCUUUGGUUGUUCAAAAGGAGCACGGGGGGCAUUGGGGCUCUGUAUUGGGCAUGGGGGUGGACAAAGAUGCCAGAAACCUGGUUGUAAUAAGGGGGCAGAGAGCCGAACUGCAUAUUGUAAGGCCCAUGGUGGGGGAAGGAGGUGUCAGCAUUUGGGUUGCACUAAAAGUGCAGAGGGGAAAACAGAUUUUUGCAUAGCCCAUGGUGGUGGCAGGAGAUGUGGGUUUGGAGGAGGGUGCACCAAGGCGGCGCGAGGCAAAUCGGGGCUUUGCAUUAAGCAUGGCGGGGGAAAGAGGUGUAAGGUUGAUGGCUGCAGUCGUAGUGCAGAAGGGCAAGCGGGCUUGUGCAUUUCUCAUGGGGGUGGACGACGUUGCCAAUAUGAAGGAUGUACAAAAGGUGCUCAGGGGAGUACCAUGCAUUGCAAGGCCCAUGGUGGUGGAAAGCGUUGCAUAUUUGCAGGAUGCACCAAAGGAGCAGAAGGAAGCACACCAUUGUGCAAGGGACAUGGUGGGGGAAAGCGGUGCCUUUAUGAUGGUGGUGGAAUUUGUCCUAAAAGUGUUCAUGGAGGCACUAACUUUUGUGUAGCGCAUGGUGGUGGAAAGAGGUGUGUUGUGCCAGGUUGCACUAAGAGUGCACGGGGCCGUACUGACUGUUGUGUUAAGCAUGGUGGAGGUAAAAGGUGCAAAUUUGAAAAUUGUGGGAAGAGUGCUCAAGGUAGCACAGAUUUCUGCAAGGCCCAUGGUGGAGGUAAGAGAUGCACAUGGGGAGAGGGCAAAUGCGAGAAAUUUGCUAGGGGUAGGAGUGGUCUAUGUGCUGCACACAGCAGCAUGGUCCUAGAGCAGGGAUCAAACAAGGGCAGUUUAAUCGGUCCAGGACUCUUCCAAGGACUUGUAUCUGCCGCAUCAAAUGCAGGAAGCAGCAUCGACAAUAAUUAUUCCUCAUCUGGAAUUAGUGCUGUCUCGGACUGCACCGACUCUUUGGGAAAGCCAACCAAAAGACAGCAUCUCAUACCAGCACAGGUAUUGGUUCCUCCAUCCAUGAAGUCAUCAUCAUCUUAUUCAAGUUUCUUGAAUGCUGAGAAGCAAGAGGAAGGUAGAAAUGAGUAUAGUGCUGGCGCUGGCAGCACUAGUAGGGUAACAAGCUUUGAUUACAUGGCUCCUGAGGGAAGGGUGCAUGGAGGUGGCCUGAUGUCAUUGUUUGGUGGGAAUCUGAAAAAUGCAAUAGAUGGAAUUUGAAGGUGGUGGCUUCUGUUAAGAAGUACGAGACUAUUCGAUGAUCAAAUUGUGCAUAGAUUGUAAUCUGUUUAAAUAGCUCCUGUAUAGUCUGUGUUGAUUGAUAGGGAUUGUUGUACUAUAAUCAUUGUCCUGGGACCUGAUUUUUUUUUUUCCCGCUUCCUUUUCAUCUUUUGGCUGUUUAAAGUUCUUGAGAUCAUUCUUGGAACGUGUCAAAAGCUGGUAAAUAUGGCUGUACUUGGCAAAUUUGAAUUUGAAUGUUAGUGUAAUUCCCCUUUUAUUUUUUCAAAA